GCCAUUCUCUCCACCCUCGACGACACGACCGCUCCUCUCGCCACCACUGGACGCUGCGCGACUUUGAGCGCCUCGUCUCGACUCGCUCGCGCGAGGCGAAGGACAUGCGGCGCGCGCUGCAAGCCGCGCUCGACCAGCUCGACGCCUCGCGCACGCGGGCCCUCCACGCGGAGCGUAUCGCGCUUGAGAUGACGCAGCGCGUGCGCGAGGCGUCCGACGCGCGCUCUUCGGCGCUGCGCGAUGGCGCGACGGCGCGCGAGGAGCUCGGGAUGUACAAGGUGCAGCUUGCGAACGCGCAGAGCGAGAUCGACCGGGCGCAGGGCAUGUUGCGCGACCAGGAGCGCCUGCGCUACGACGCCGAGGCAGCGGCUGCGCGCGCGCGCGACACGGCGAGGCGGUUGAAGCAGGACCGGCUGGUGCAGCUCGCGCUGGAGGACGGGCGCGCUACGGGGUAUCGGGAGGGGCUGCGUGCAGGGCAGCGGAUAGGGAUGAUGGAUGCGCAGAGCGAGGAGCCCGAUGACGAGAGGGGCAGGAUGCGCGCGCCGCGGGAUCGUAUGGCACGUCAGAGGGACUACUUCGAUCAGGACGAGGACGAGGAUGAGGACGAGGAGGGCAUCCGUGUGCGACCCGUCUUCCCUGACCGGCGUGAGCGGGAACCACCGAUAACGAGGUCACCGCAGGUUCAGCCCCUCCCCGUGUCCCCGCCACAACGCCCGUCGUCGAUACCCCAGUCUUUGAUCCCUGGACCGGCAGGGGCGACGCCGGCUCCUGUACGCCGUUCGACGUCCCAGGCGUCCAUGACGCCCUCAAACAUACUUCCGUUCCCGACCCGUGAUACAAUGCCCACGCCAGCUCGCGCACCUCAUGUCCCCGUACCCAACGUUCUCGAACAAAUCCCCGAGGUCGUCAAUACAGAGUCUUCGCCCCACGGUUCUCGAGCACACACCAUAUACAUCGAACCGGAUGACGAUAGGCCCAUCGCAGGUGCCCGAGAUGCCGACGAGAGUUACGCUGCUUACCGCUCCUCAGGCCUCGGUGGUUACCAGGGCUCUUCGGCGCGCGUUUACGUACCGCCGCCCCCUCCUGAGAUGGUUUUCGACGAUGAGCCAUAUGAGCCUGAACAGCGCUCGCCUGGGAACAACUCCCUCGAGCGUCAGAGAAUCGCAGAUGCACUGAGAUAUGGCAACACCCAAGCCGGACCGCAGUUGAGACGCAUGGCAGCAGAAGAGGCGAUGACCAGUCCCCCACGGAGGGGUCCUCCACCCCUCCAUCGUCCACCUGUGGCUAGAAUUCCUGAGCCCCUGGCGCCUGCUACAUAUACCCGCCCAGACAGCAAUGGCCACCGCCGUUCGCAGUCGUCAUUCGCCCAGGGGUUUUCUCGGCCAUCGUUCUAUGACGGUCAAUAUUCCCAUGAUGGCGGGAACGGGCAUCGGCGUGCGUCCUCGUCAGGGCCAUCCGUGGCCCCGAGCAUCACCGUUGUAUCUCCGUCCGCGUCCGCGUCAACGCCGAGCCGCUCGUUGCACACGACUCAGGACGCGAAGAACUACCUGAGCCCGAACCGUCCCCCGAGCCAGCUUCCGCGGGUCUCGCCGUCUCCGCGCAGCGUGUCAUCGCCACUGCCCAACGGGCCCCCUCGAGGCGGCGGAAAUAUCUACGCGGACCCACGCGUGGCCGCGGGGGGCGCCGGUCAGGGCGCGCCCGUACUACCGCCGCAGGCCGGAUACUCCCAAUCGGCCGCUUACACGCCCUCGAACCCGACGCGCUACGGGGGUGCCAGCUCCUCGCCGCGCACCGUGCCGCGCCCUCUUGCAUCAAGCCACUCGGGAUCGGAGAGACGGCGCUCGAGCUCGCGGCGGCCGAGCAUCUACGCGGAGGCGGCGCCGACGGCGUCGCAGCAGGUACCGCAGCAACAGCAAAAACAACCGCCGUUGCAGUACUACUCGCGGCCGUCUUCAGCAGUCUCCCCGCCGAGCAGGGCCGACGCGCUGCCCGUGCCGCCACCGAACGUCUCGCCAUACCCAGCACCAUCGAUAUCGCCACACCCCGCUCGCGGGGCGACUCUCGACGGGUACGCGCAGCCGUCGGGGUCGCCGACGCCGUCGCAGGCUCCCCUGCCCAUCCCAGACCCGAGCGCGCACUGGUCGCCGUCGCCGUACAUGCGUCGGCGGGACGGGCGGGCGAGCGCGUCGGACGUGUCGCUGCCCGGGCGGCCGGGCUCGCCGUAUUCGCAUUACAACCCGGCGAACGUGGCGGAUAUCGCGACUCUUGCGAGCGCGAGCGCGGAGAGGCUUGUUCCUGCGUGAAGGGGGUGUUAUGAUGUAUUACGGAGGGUUGUGGUUGUAUGUUGUACGACUUGUACUGCAAUAAUGAACGAAGAGUGCUUAG